UUUAGAACCUGCAGAAGUAGCUGUUGUCGUUACUCCAUGUAGUCCAUUCAAACUCAUCAAGUAGGAAACUUGGUACGUAAUCACAUCGAAUGCAUGAUGAAGUCACUUAACUGGUAGUGUGUUAUGUCAGGCCCUGACUGGCUGCCUCAGAGAACCCUGGGUACUCCUGAGAGAGCUGCAACAACAAUGUCACACUCUGGACCGGCCUUUUACAAACCAACCAAGAAGGGUCUACCUGACCAGAAGCCCAGAUACGGUGUAUAUGAUCAAAAUAGAGCAGCAGGUGGAAACAGUGUACCAACAAGGUACAUGGCCACUGGACCUUCAGGUGGAAGCAUGCACCACCAGUACCAGGAUGACUAUUCAGGGCUGUCGUCUUACCACCCCCUUUCCCCAAAAGGAGAGCAAUACUACCCCCCAGGGCACGGGCCCAAAGAUGAUCAUCUAUUUUGGAGCCCACACGUGACCAGCUUAGAUCACCAUGCUCGGGGCUCUGAGAACCACCUCUCUAGUAUUGAUGCGGAGAUUGAUUCUCUCACAUGCAUGUUGGCUGACCUGGAUAGCCAUCCUCAGAACUCAAGCACACAGCUGUACGACAAUGUGCCUUACAACAAACCUCUACAUUACAAUAAACCAUCUGGCCAGACAGCUGCUCCCUCUCAGCCCAGACCCUCAAUGGGUUACCCUCCUCAUCCUCAAAGUCAGUACCAUUCAUCCUUUUCAUAUGCCACCAGCCAAAAACCUGACUACACAUACCCCUCUCCAUCUUCCUCUGCCCACAAACCAUACCCCCAACCAGUGCCGGCCUCCUACACCACUGCCUCAACCCCUAGCGGGCCACGUUUCACCGUGCAGGUCAAAACUGCCAUGCCUGUCACUUAUUCACAAAGUGGACAUCAAGCAGAACAGGCCUACACCCCACCCCCACCUCGCCAGCAAGCUACUCGCCCAGACAGGCCACAUUACUCUGAGAUUCAAGGCCAAGGUCAAAGCUGGUACGCACCCCCUCCACUUCCAGCCCAGGAGGCUCAUGGCGAUCCAUCAGCAUAUAAGGGAGGCUCAAGUGGAGCUCAAACACAAUCCAGAGUUCAGGGACCUCCAGGAAAGAAAGCACAAGACCAGGGGUCGACUUACCAGACUAAUAAGGUUGCUGUGCCAAGACCAGAAGAGGAGUUGGAUCGACUGACUAAGAAAUUGGUGUAUGACAUGAAUCAUCCCCCCACUGAGGAGUACUUUGGGCGCUGUGCGAGGUGUGGAGACAAUGUGCUAGGCGAUGGAAGUGGCUGUAUUGCUAUGGAGCAGGUGUUCCAUGUGGAGUGUUUUACAUGUAUUACAUGUCAUGCUCAACUCAGAGGCAAGCCUUUCUAUGCACUGGACAAAAAGAGCUACUGUGAGAGCUGCUAUAUUAGUACUCUGGAGCGCUGCUCAAAGUGUUCAAACCCUAUCCUGGAUCGAAUCUUGCGAGCAAUGGGAAAGGCAUAUCAUCCCCGCUGCUUUAACUGUGUGGUCUGCGGCUGCUGCCUAGAUGGUGUUCCAUUCACAGUGGAUGCCACCUCACAGAUCCACUGCAUUGAGGAUUUCCACAGGAAGUUUGCACCACGAUGCUCUGUAUGUGGUAAACCCAUAAUGCCUGAGCCUGGUCAGGAGGAAACUGUACGGAUUGUGGCUCUGGAUCGCAGUUUUCACGUCAACUGCUACGUUUGUGAGGAGUGCGGUUUGCUCCUCUCAUCUGAAGGAGAGGGAAGGGGAUGUUACCCUUUGGACGGCCAUAUUCUGUGCAAAAGCUGCAGUGCCCGAAGAAUCCAAGAUCUCUCUGCCAAAAUCUCCACUGACUGCUAACAGCUCCAUUGUCAUCUUACAUUUUUUUCUUUUUUUGUGUGUGUUAUGGUAGUUAUUUACUAAAAUAUGAACUACACUCCACUUUAGUUGAACAACAAAUUCAAAAUAGGUGACUACAAAAUUUUACAUACAGAAUAGCUGAAAUCUACCUACUCAGGGGUUACAGUUAAGCAGAGCUGUGAAACAAGAAUAUGUUUUGCAUAGGCCACUUUAACAGGGCAUAGUAGUAAUGUUUUUAAAGUGACUUUAAACAGCACUCUGUGUGCACGUGUGCUUGUCAAAACAGAAAAAGGGCUUGAUCAAGGUAUAUUUUCCCUUUAUGUCUAAGUGACGGGCGCUUAGAAUGCUUCGGCUGCCUUUUUUCUUACAUCAAAUAUGACAUGUUUUAACAGUUUUAUUUGAUUGUAUUAAAUAUUGCUUUAAAAUUAAUCUUUUAAAUUACCAAAUUAAAAAUCAUGAGGCUUGAGUGAUAUUAAGAUAUUAAGAGAUGUCUUCUCUGUACUCUACACAACUGUAAGAAAGACUAAAUUUAGACUGCUGGUAUUAGCAGAGAAUGUUGAACAGUUCAGGUAUAUUGAUGUUUGCACUGGUUGGUCAUUGAAGGAUUUUAAAUUUGUUUUAAGUCAUUAUGAAUAAUGAUGAUAAUGGUGAUUAAUGGAAUGUUUGCUUUUUUACAUUUAUGCUGUAGGUAUGCCACCACUGGCUCAUUAUCAGGGUACCAUACGCUUAUUUGGGAUUAGUUUCCUAACACAACAAUUUUAGUGUACUACAAAUAGGGAAACGUAUUACAACACUAAAUGAAGGAACCGUAAUGAUUACGAGAAUUUAUGUACAGAAUGUGAGAACAAUUAGUGUGGUUUAUGGGUUGAUUGUUAGUGGUAUAAAAAUGUUGUAGUCACUUUGAGUACGUGCUGUACAAUGAUUUUGUUGUACAUUAAAACAAUCAAUUGGUGAAAUAUGUAAUACGAAAUGCAGAAAACAUGGAAACAAAGCAUACAUUAUCUUUGUGUGCCUCUAGGAUUACGAUUUACAAUCCUCAGGGCAGACAGAAUUUUAAUCCUCAUAUUAGAGUCCUACUUAGUAUAGAUUUUUUAAUGCAUAACACACCUGAGCACAAUUAGUGAAAAUGUAAUGCAGGUAUAACAACAUGUAGGUAAAAAGAAUAUUUAUAACGUAUGUUUGUAAUACUGUACAACAUUAUGUUCAUGGUAGCUGGGUGGUCUUUUUUUUUAUUUUCUAACAUUGUCGGAAUGCUGUUCUAGUUUCUUUUUUAAGUAUUAUUUUAUCAUCAUAGAGUUUUUUUUUAUUAAAUCUAUCAUUGGUUAAGCUGGUACAUAGUUUAAAAGGCCUUAGUUUAAAAUGCCUUAAUUACAUUUAUUUGAUAUUCAGUAUUCUAAUCUACGAAACUUUCCAAAAUCAAUGUUUGUUAUUAAUAUCUAUGGUUUAAAGCUGAGAUAAAUAUAUGUUCCUAAAAACAAAAAGCACAAACUGUCACAUUUCAUUUCUAUGUUUUUUCUUCAUUACUUCCCUAUGUCACUUCUUAUAAUGUAAAUUUGUGGUACAUAUUAUUCCAGUAAUUCCCCUUUAUAUCAUGUACAAUUUAAUCUCUUUAUAGAUGCCUUGUGAUUGUUCCUGCCCACUGUGUAAUGAUUGCUGUUCAAGUACCCAUGCCCAUAUAUAGUAGAUUAAGUGAUUGUUAAUGCUACAGAAGUUAAUAUUGUUUGUGACUGACUAAAUGUGAAACUGGCUCUCUAAUGAAAACCAUCACUUUGACAAAAUACAAUCACUCACAUGAUUUAUGAA